UUACGUAAUGGAAAUCUAGGCGACAGCAAUACACCUGAAUGCCCUCACGGUCAUCCGAUGUAAAAAUGAUAAUCCGGAACAUCACCGAAACUAGUUUAAAUUUCACUGCUUCCGGUAACAUCUGUGGAAAACAAAUGCAGUGCAGGGCAAACCAUAUUGAACUGGGAAUAUUUACAAUAUACUAUUUUAGUUCUACCAUUGAGUAAUUGUAUUUUUAAUAUUAUUCAAUAGUCCUGAUAAUACCACUGUUUUAAGGAAAUGGAAAGACCAAUAAGAGUUGACGAAAUACAAGGAUUGUGGACAUAUCUUACGUCGAUUGAUUGGACUGAUCCAUGGUUUCGAUAUUUGCUCUUGUUUCAUGUUAUAUGCUGCUUAACUACAAUACUGAUCAGGAAAAAAUCCAAUAUACAAUUUAUUUAUUUUGGUUUCUUAAUCAUGAUGGUAUUUUUGUCAGAAUAUAUAAAUGAAUGGGCUGCAAGAAAUUACAAGUCAUUCUCAAGACAACAGUAUUUUGACAGUAAUGGCUUGUUUAUAUCAACAGUUUUUUCAACACCAAUUCUUAUCAACUGUUUGAUUAUGGUAAUAAUGUGGUUACUUAAUAUGAGCAAGUUGAUGUCAGAGGUCAGAUAUGUUAAACAUCGUUCAAAAAAGAAAAAUGACAGUGAACCAAUUCAAACUUCAGAGAACAGUACAGAUAAAGUGGGAAAGAAAGAAAAAGGAGACUAGCAUUGUCAUAUUCAUUAUUGGAUAUAAAAAUUGUGGGAAUUGCAAUAUCAUUAUAAUGGUAAUUUGGGGCUAUAAUUAAUAAUCUCAUUUUUAAUUUUAUUUUGAUAAAAAAAACUGUAAGUAUUCCAAGAACACAUGAAGAAGAUAACCAAUAUUAUGAUAUAUCUUUUCAUGUUUACCAUGUCUUCUUUAAGGAUAACAAACUAAAGUUGUUUUGAGAAGGCAAUUCAGAAUUGCUUGUAUUGUCUUUGAUAAAUUUGUAAGAGGUGGUAUUGGACUCUGAUUAAAGUGUUUAGCUAGUUACUAUAGCUACUCCGAUUAAAGUGUUUAGUUAAUUACCAUGGCUACUCUGAUUAAAGUUUUUAGUUAUUUAUCAUCAUUAUGGCUAAGAUGUCUUAAGAUCAAAAGAAACUUGUGAUUUCUUUAUCAAUGCUUUCUAUUACCAAUCUUAAAUUUGAUGGAUUUGGAGAAAUCAUAGAAAACACAGCUGAUUUUUUUUAUUGCACAAAAAUUGGGAACCUUGAUAUUUAUACAGUAUGUAGUCCUAAUUUAAAAAAAAUAAUAUCUGCUUUAGAAUCCUGGACUUUUGAACUAAAUGAUUGUCAUUACGACUGAUACUACUCUACAACACUAUGCACCAAUACAGACUUGCAUGUUACAGUGUAGCCAUACUGACUUUACUGUUACAAUGUAACUAUACUGACUUGACUGUAACAAUGUACAAUACUGACUUGACUGAUACAAUGUAACUAUACUGACUUGACUUUUACAUUGUAUAAUACUGACAUGACUGUUACAAUGUAACUAUACUUACUUGACUGUUACAAUGUACCAUACUGACUUGACUAUUACAAUGUGCAAUACCGACUUGACUGAUACAAUGUAACUUUACUGACUUGACUGUUACAAUGUAUAAUACUGACAUAUAAAAAUAAGGAGAUGUGGUAUGAUUGCCAAUGAAACAACUAUCCACCCAAAUGAAGUGGAUGUAAGCAAUUAUAGGCAACUAUUUGGCCAUCAACAAUGAGAAAAACCCAUACUGUAUAGUCAGCUAUAAAAGGCCAUGCCUGUUACAAUGUAAUUACAAUGACUUGACUGUUACAAUGUACAAUACUAACUUGACUGAUGCAAUGUAACUAUACUGACUUGACUGUUACAAUGUAACUGUACUGACUUGACUGUUACAAUGUAACUGUACUGACUUGACUGUUACAAUGUAUAAUACUGACAUGACUGUAACAAUGUAAUUAUACUGACUUAACUGUUACAAUGUACAAUACUUACAUGACUGUAACAAUGUAAUUAUACUGUCUUGGCUGUUACAAUGUAUAAUAGUGACUUAACUGUUACAAUGUAUAAUACUGACAUGACUGUAACAAUGUAAUUAUACUGACUUGACUGUAACAAUGUAAUUAUACUGUCUUGACUGUUACAAUGUACCAAAUGGACUUGACUGUUCUAAUGUAUACUGACUUUAUUGUUACAAUCAAUAACUGUAUUCAGAUUACAAUGACACAGAUAGGUUACUAUACUGACUUGACAGUUACAAUGUACCAAAUGGACUUGACUGUUCUAAUGUAUACUGACUUUAUUGUUACAAUCAAUAACUGUAUUCAGAUUACAAUGACACAGAUGAAUUAAAUUAGUCAGUUUGGAGGAUUAGAUUUUAUUAAUCAAACUAUCAAAUAACCACUUCAUUACCAUGAUUACUACAUAUGUAUAUAUAUUGUUGUAAUAAUUCAAAUGUAGACUAUAAUCCCUUCUCUCGACUGAGUUGGUCUCUCGUUUUAUUCUUAGAAAUAAGUUUUUAUGCUCCCCACGACAAAAUGAUGAGGGGCAUAUUAAUUUACCCCUGUCCAUCCCUUCGUCCGUGCAGAUAUGGAUACAUGAUAUGUCCGGCUAUCUCCACUUAUAGUUUUUGAGCUACAGCUUUAUUGUCCACAGGAUUUUGAUUUUUUUCAAAUAUUCUCAAAAUGCCAGGUAUUUGGACUAACAGUAGGGAGAGAUGUUAGAUAUUCACAAAAACUGGUAGUAGAACUUCAUUUCCUUCUCACUUGAAAACAUGGUUUGUAUGACUACAGUUGGAUGUCCCUAAUGCAAUAAAUAAGAUUUUUUAAUAUUGUUAAAUAUUUAAUCAAUACUGAGAAGUAGAACUUGGUGACUACUAAAACUGGAAAAUUGAAACAUUCUGGCUGAACAUUCAGUCCUGCAAGUGUAGACAUUCAGAAUAAAAAUAAAAGAUGGAUCAUCAUACAUAGUGUUAAAUUUUUAAUUUUUUAUGAUCAGGCAGGGGCAUCAUUUGUGCCUCAUAGACAGCGCAACAAUUUCAAGUUGUACUUCAACAUCACUGUUUGUCAAAUCUAACGUAUGUGCAACUAUACUCAUGCAUAUGACAGAGCAGAGGGGCAUUGUCCAUAUCUAGUUUUUUUCUUUUUUGUUUACUAUAAUAAAACAACAUGAACAAGUUGAAUUAAUUUUUGUUAGUUUCAUAUUGUUGAUCCUGUUAAAUUUAGCUGAAUCGAUUUCAACCGAACUUAUAGAAUUUGUUUUCAGUGGGGUUUUUGCUGUAAAUGUAAUCUGCCAUACCAAAUGCAUAACAACUGAAGUAAUGUUGUAUUAUACAAAAACAUUAGUUAAUAACUUCAUUUAUUGUUCAUUUGGUAAUACUUCAUGAGAAUGUUACCUCUUUGGGAUGGAAAUAUGUUAUUGUUCAAUAAUUGUUAACUAAAAAAGUAUUAAAAUGUUUUUGAAGCCGG